AUGUUCCACUUUGAUGGAUGGUCAAAACCGGAGCACCCUGGCCCUCCACUUGAUCCGGAGGGCCUUGUGGAAAAUAACGGGUGCUCGGCUGGACCAAAUGAGGUAAGAUUUUUUUGUUUUGGGAACUGCUUGACUUUGAUUUAAUCUAAAGUAAUAUAAUUUUAUUUUCAGCCAAUGCCAAACAAGUUCAUGAAGGAACAAGAAACUAAGGUGGAGCACCCUAGCCCCCCGAAUGAGCCCGGGGGGCCGUUGGAAGAUAAAAAUGGGUGCUCACCUUUUGUUCCGGUCUCAGUACGUCUUUGACCGAACCUUGGUCGACCGGCACCCUGGCCCUCCACUUGAUCCGGAGGGCCUUGUUGAAAAUAACGGGUGCUCGGCAGAACCAAAUGAAGUAAGAAUUUUUUGUUUUCGGAACUGCUUGACUUUAGUCUAAAGUAAUAUAAUUUUAUUGAUCAUUUUAUUUUCAGCCAGCCCCCUGAACAAGCCCAGCGAUCCUCUCCCUUCAAGGCCCGCUACCGAAGGGAUAAAAGAAAAAAAUGUAAAAAAGACAAAAAAGAAAAGCCAAAAAAAGAAAAGCAAAAAAAAUUAAAAGGCCAAAAAAAGGCAAAAAUAGAAGAGCCAGAAAAAAAUUGCAAAGGCCAAAAAAAUUGAAAGGCGAAAAAAAGAAAAGGCAAAAAUAGAAGAGCCAAAAAAAAUAAUGAAAAAGGCCUAAAAAAAUUUAAAAAAAAAAAAUAUUUUUUGAAAAAAAAACAAAAAAGAAAAGCCAAAAAAGUAAAAAAAAAAUAAGAAUUAUAUUUGUACCUAAGAUUCAAGUAAAAAUGUUCCCAGUCAGUUGUUCCCAGCGGAUGUCUACGACGAGAUUAUUGCCCCGGCCUGCCCUACGCCCGAAAACACAACCUCUUCAGGUGGCCAAAGCCCUCGGAACCCAUCCCGAGGUAAGUUUUACCAUGGAUAAUAUAAAAUUUUUGACAAGGAAGGUACUUCAAUGGGUUAUCGAGUUACAGGUCGAGUCAUAUAUCAAAAAAAUCGCAAAAUUUUUUUUGAUUCAGAUUAUGUAAAAAUAGUAGCUAACUUUAUGUAAAAGUUAGCUACCGAUUUUGGUUGGUAAGGGUGAAAAAAUCCUCAGAAGUUUUCACGCAACACCACGCAAAUGCCUUUUUGACAGCGUUUUUACCAAAUCAAAAGCUUCGUUUUGAGCUAAAGUGAACCUUGGCAUCUUGACAAGCCUUAAAAUAUCAAAUUUUAUUAAUACUACACCUUAAUUAGUAGUUCCAAUAUAAAAAAAAGGCAUUUGUGUGGUGCUGCGAGAAAAGUUCUGAGGAUUUUUCACCCUGACAGUCCAAAAUCAGGCAGCUAACUUUUACAUAUUCUGAAUCAGAAAAAUUUUACGAUCUUUUUGAUCUAUGACUCGACCUGUAACUCCACACCCCGUAGAAGUACUUUCCUCGUCAGAAAUUUCAAAACUUUUCUCCUAAUUACGGAGAAUUUUCUUGGAUGGGGAAAGAGUUGACUCAUCUUGGUCAAGUCUUCCUCUCUAGACGAAAAAUGCAAUGUUGCAUAGAUUUAGUUUGUUGCAGGAGGAGCGGACUGUAUAACGACAUGUUGGGAGCUUUUCUGAAUCAGUAUUGUAGUGUUCGGUUAAGAUUAUUGAUCUCUUGUCAUGUAUAAUAUAAUUUAUCUUUGAUACUUUCAGAAUAUUACCCAAUCUUCGCCGUGGAGACUUGCGAGUACCUUGAAAACCUCCAGAUUGAUCUUCAUCGCUUCCUCGAAGAGUUCGUUGACUUUGCAUGUUACAACAAGGUGAUUUGAAGGGAAAAAUGGAAGCAGUAAGUUCCAUCAGCCAAUGUUUUUCUUUUUUGCACACGGGGUUUACAGGGGAAGUACUCCAAGUGCGACGCUCAGAUUUUCUUUAAAUUUUGCACACACGUCGGGUAUGGACCAAAUAUCAAUUCCUGAAAGUUUUAGCUCGCGCUUUGCGGGCGCCGCCGAGAUAUCGAACGAUUUUUGCCGCCGAGAGAGCACGCUAAACGUGGAGAGCGGUCAGAGAGAAAAGCGCUUUUUGGCCAUUACUUUGGCAGUUUCGUGCGGAAAAAUUUGAUUUUUUUUAGAAACAUUAUCCUUUACAGUUGAAAUAGGCAUGAAACUUUUCGUGCCGAAAUUCGGCAAAAAGUCCUACAUUUUCGCCGACUUUCGAUCUAAAAAUCUCGGUUGUUUGUGCUAAGCGCGAGCUAGGAUUGUCGCAAAUUAUUCUAAAUUUGUGCUAAGUUUCAUCAAAAUCUGAGCGUCGCGCUUGGAAUACUUCCCCUGUUAGUUUCGGGAUGUUAGAGUAGCUGAGCCGGCUUUCGAAUAAUUAUUCGGGACAGGUUUCAUCGUUUAUAAUAAGUUUUUACCGUUUUGUUUGAUCUUUACGCCUUUUAAUUGCCAAAAAAUACUAUAUCCUUACUAUAGAUGCGCCAUUUUUGAUACACAUUUCAUACACAGUUACACAAACAUAUGUAAUACAUGUAAUUCAUGACUAUAGGGCUCUAGUUUUGGGCAGAGAAUUUUAUGGAGCUAUAGACAGUAAACGCUUUUGGACACGUUGGCCCUUGUUGAGGGGUUUAGAGAUAUUUUUAUAGGGCUGAUGUUUUUACGUUGUUUUAGUAAUUUUUUAUAACUUUUCAGAGAACCUCUCUCUACAAGGCCCGCCACCGAAGGAAUAAAAGAAAAAAGUGUAAAGAAAAGCCAAAAAAAAAUUUAAAGGCCCAAAGAAAAGAAAAGGCAAAAAAAGAGCCAAAAAAACUAAAAGAAGAGCCAAAAAAAACAAAGGCCAAAAAAAGUAAAAGUUAAAAAAAUACUAGUCGCGACAUAAAGUCCUGAGACGUUUGCACUGUGCGUUUUUGUUUUCCUUUCGCGCGAGUGCGCCACUUUUCUCGCGCGACACCCGCGACAAAAUGUGUCAGGACUUUAUGGCGCGACUAGUACAGGCCAAAUGAAAAGAAAAGGCAAAAAAAGAGCCAAAAAAAAAGCAAAGGCCAAAAAAAAAAAUAUAUUUGUAUCUGGAAUUCAGCGAACCCAAUGAGUUGUUCCCAGCGGAUGUCUACGACGAGAUUAUUGCCCCGGCCUGCCUCUACGCCCGAACACUCAAUUUCUUCAGCUGGUCAAAGCCCUCGGAACUCAUCCUAAGGUAAAUUUUGCCAUGGAUAAUAUAAAAUUUUUGAAAAUUUUUAAAACUUUUCUCGUAAUUACACCUAUAGUCAUUCCAAAGAUUACUGAAAGACUUACUGAUCGCUUUAUUUCAGACCCAAGGUUGACAGAUGACACCGAUCCAUCAGUAGUUCGUCUGGUCUACAGUGGUGUUACAGUUUUUGCCCAUCGCGGAGUCCUCCAUUGAUCUUCGCCCACGCCAAUGAAUUGGUCUAUGGAAGCAGUAAGUUGUGGAGAUUGAGGACGGAAUGGUCCGCUAAAAAAAGGAAAGGGGAGGGCGGGGAGAGGGGGGAGGUUUUCGAUGACGCUGAUUUCGAAAAUCAUAUCCAUUUUUUCUGAAUUUUACGAAGUUUGACCAAGUUUUUACCAAUUAAAACAUUUAUUUUGAAGAAUUGAAGAGGAUAUAGGCAAAGAUUCAGAAGAAAUGGAUUCGAUUUUUGUAAUCAGCACCAUCGAAAACCUCCUCUUUCCCUUUUGUUUAGCGGACCUUUCCGUCCUUCGUGAGUUGUAGCUGGUUUUUAUUGCAUUACUUGCAGAUAUCUUCAAGCCCCAAGCUACGGAUAAAAAAACUAAAAAAAGAUUAAGAAAAGGAAAAAAGAAUAAGAAAAAAGAGAAAAAAAUUGUAAGAAAAAAGGAAAGAAUAAAAGAAAAAAAGGAAGAAAAAAAGAAAAAAAGAAAGAAAAAAAGAAAAAUAUAAAAGAAGAAGCCUCAUCGCUUCCACUCCCACCACUUCCAUUACUCGCCCUCCUCUACCACUCCCACCACCCUCCUCUCCCUUUCCCUUUCCCCUCCCCCUCCCUCCCCUUCACCCAAUCAUCAAAGCCUGCUUUGGUGAUUAAAGUAAGUUGUUUUUUCCCCAAUUGUAGGCCUUUAUUUCUUGUUAUAAGUCCAGAUACUGCUCGUUCUACUUUUAAUCUUAUUUAUUUUCAUGGAAACCAUCGAGAAUCCGUUUCUUGGAGCCCUGGAGAAGUUGGAGAAAUAAAUGGUGCCCUGGUGGCCCCCACCGCGGAAAGAUCAGAAAGGUACGUCGAUUGGGAGUGAUAAAUUAUGGAAUCGAGAUCUAGAAGGGAUAAUGCGAGCAUUUUAAGGGAAUAAGAGUUUACUUUUGUAAAAAAAGCCCGUCAUCACGAUAUAUUUUUUGAAAUGUUACGGUAGAGAUAAGGGUUUUCUAAACUCUGAUUUUUACUGUGGUGUGAACGAGUUACACUCAGGUUUAGAAGCUUAAAAAUAGCUAUGUGCUAUUUUUGUUUUUGAUUAUUAGAUACAUAUGAAGUUCUCGUCAUGACGGGCAACUUACAAUUAGGAGGUUACAUUUCUUGUGAUUUUUUGGAAGAAUUUUAGAAUUUUUUCUCUUUUUUCCGGAGGUUUGAGGGAAUUAGAAGAUGUGGGGUGCCGUAAAAAGCAGUUUUAUACGAAGUAAUGACUAGUUUUUGUCGUUAAUAAUGUGGUCAUGACGGUAUUGGGAUAUUUUUAUAUUGCUGAUGAGAUGAUUAACUUUCCUGUUUAAUUUUUCGCGUUUAAAUACAUUUUUCUUUCAGAAGUGCAUCCAGUAUUGCCUUAUGGUUGAAGAGGAAGCUAGAGUGAAAAUGAAGAACAAGUUGCUUGCCGAGCCCUGCAAACGGUCGAUUCCUUGA